UGUGGCAGGUCCGUGUCGCCGGGAUGUCUCUGGAGCUCACCUUCCUGGGCACGGGCUCCGCCUUCCCGAGCCCGGGCCGCGGGGCCGCGGCGCUGCUGCUGCGCCGGGAGGGGCAGUGCUGGCUCUUCGACUGCGGCGAGGGGACGCAGACGCAGCUCAUGAGGAGCCGCCUCCGAGCAGCCAGAAUUACCAAGAUUUUCAUCACUCACCUUCACGGCGACCACAUUUUUGGACUUCCUGGGCUGCUGUGCACGCUCAGCCUCCAGAGCAGCCCCGAGGCCAGCAAAGCGCCCAUCGAUAUUUACGGGCCCCUGGGGCUGCGGAGCUUCCUCUGGAGGAGCCUGGAGCUGUCCCACUCCCAGCUCCUCUUCCCCUACGCCGUCCACGAGCUGGUCCCCACGCGGGACCAGUGCCCCCCAGAAGAAUUUAGGGACUUCUCUGGCUUGGACCGAGGCGAGGCGCUUCCCCAGGCGCCUCCAGGGAGAGUUCUGCACCUGGAUCCAGGAGAAGACUCCUACUUGCUGCUGGAGGAUGAGCAGCUGGUUGUGAGAGCGUUCCGCCUCUUCCACCGCGUGCCCUCCUUCGGCUUCGUGCUGGAAGAGAAGCCCCGGCCUGGGAAGCUCAAUGUGCAGAAGCUGAAAGACCUUGGAGUCCAGCCAGGCCCCUUGUACGGGAAGCUGAAGAGCGGCGCCGCCGUCGUCCUGGAGAGCGGAGCGACGCUGCGUCCCGGGGACGUGCUGGGAGCGCCCGUUCCCGGCAGGAAGGUCUGCGUCCUGGGCGACUGCUCGGGGCCCGUGGGGCCGGGGGCCGAGCGGCUGUGCCGGGGGGCAGACGUGCUGGUGCACGAGGCCACGCUGGGGGACGAGCUGCGGGACGCGGCGCGGGAGCGCGGGCACAGCACCCCCGCCGCGGCCGCGGCGUUCGCCCGGGGCUGCGGCGCCAAGAGGCUGGUGCUGACCCACUUCAGCCAGCGGUACCGGCCCGCCGAGCACGGCCGCGGACACCUCGGAGAGCUCCAGAGGCAGGCCGAGGCCCUGCUGGCUGGCCAGGAGGUGACGCUGGCCGAGGACUUCAUGACCAUCGAGGUCCCACUGAAACAGUGAAAGACGAGGACUUCAUAAUGAGAUCCCACUGAAACAGUGAAAAACGAGGACUUCAUAAGGACAUCCCAAUGAAACAGUGAAAAACGAGGACUUCAUAAGGACAUCCCAGUGAAACAGUGAAAGACGAGGACUUUGUGACCACAGAGAUCCCAAUGAAACAGUGAAAGACAAGGACUUUGUGACCACAGAGAUCCCAAUGAAACAGUGAAAAACAAGCACUUCAUAAGGACAUCCCAAUGAAACAGUGAAAAAUGAGGACUUUGAGACCACAGAGAUCCCACUGAAACAGUGAAAAAUGAGGACUUUGUGACCACAGGGAUCCCACUGAAACAGUGAAAAACAAGGACUUCCUAAUGAGAUCCCAAUGAAACAGUGAAAGACGAGGACUUCAUAAGGACAUCCCAAUGAAACAGUGAAAAAGAAGGACUUUGAGACCACAGAGAUCCCAAUGAAACAGUGAAAAACGAGGACUUUGAGACCACAGAGAUCCCAAUGAAACAGUGAAAGACGAGCACUUCAUAAGGACAUCUCAAUGAAACAGCGAAAAACGAGGACUUCCUAAUGAGAUCCCACUGAAGCAGUGAAAGAAGAGGACUUCAUAAGGACAUCGCAAUGAAGCAGUGAAAAACAAGGACUUCCUAAUGAGAUUCCAGUGAAAAAGUGAAAAACGAGGAUUUUGUGACCGCAGAGAUCCCAAUGAAACAGUGAAAAACAAGGACUUCAUAAACAAGAUCCCGAUUUUUGUCCUAUAUUUGAAAGUGAAAUAACAAUAACAAUAACAACAACAAUAAUAAUAACAAUAAUAACAAUAAAAAUAGUAAUUUUUUUCCCCA